AAAAUUAAAAAAACACGUGACUCCGGCUCUGACUCAAAUGAAAAAAAAAUUGCAGUUCUGCCUCCGAACAUAGUUCCUGCUCGGUUACGGUUUCUCCACAUUAACGCGUCUCCGGAGUUUAACGGCACUCGCUCCUGUCGCGUCACAAUGAGCGAGCGGAGCAGAAACGCGGUGACAACAACACUUCAGCUGACCUGUCUGCUCCUGGGCGUGCUGGGGUUGGUGGUGGGCUUGAGCGGAGUCUAUCUGCUGAUGAAGUACUGGCAGGCCAGCUUAUGUUUCUCGAACACCUACAUCACCAUGCCAGCGAUCCUCACCCUUGCCAGCUCCGCUUUCCUCGUAGCCAGCGGGUGCCUCGGCUCGUGGCUGAGCCUCAGGGAUUCCAUCUGUCUGCAGGGCCUGUUUGUUUAUCUCCUCGUCGUGGUCUUCUGUCUGGAAAGCACAGCUACUGCGUUGGCUUAUUUCCAUUCUGUGAAGCUGGAUUCAGAAACAGCUUCCCUCAGUGGAGUCUUUCAGAAUUACACAGGAAAGAGCGACGACCCCAGCUCUCGAGCUGUGGAUACUAUGCAGGAGCAAUUGCAGUGUUGUGGUGUCCAUGACUACAGGGACUGGCUUACAACCUCCUGGUUCAAUCGCACCGGUGAGCUAGCUUUGCCCCAAAGCUGCUGCAACUCUACUUUCCUUUCCUGCAAUGGCACAGUGGAGCAGCAGAUUUACAAACAGGGCUGCCAGGUCAAGCUGGAGAUGGCUUUACAGUCUGUGCUGAGAUUUAUCAUCUGGGGCCUUCCGGUGGUUUUUCUGAUCGAGGUUGUCGUUUUAAUAAUGUUGGCACAGCUGAUGAGGGAGCGACCAUUCAUGGAAUAUCAAAUACUGGGCAAAAACUGAACUGCACUGCACAGAUCCCGUCACGUCUGUCUAUUGUGACGAUUGUUAAAUGAUUGUUUCUUAGCUGCAGGUUCUCUUGUGAACUCAGCUGUCCCACUACUGCCCAUAUAUGUGUAUAUAUAUAUUUACACUACAAAACCUUCCACAUGAAAUUAGAUUAAAGAUGUUAUGCACAUGAUGCAGUUGUGUUGUUGAAGCAGUUUAUGGCUUUAAACAUGAAUGCACCAUUCAGUCUAUAGGCUCAACACUAUAGUUGUCUUAGUACUUUUAAACAAACAAGUGUGAUAUGAUGACUUGUGUUCAUGUGAAAUGUUAUAUUGUCUUGACCUUGAUUUUUUUUGUUUUAUUAUUAUUGUAGACACUGCACUUUUUUCACUGCUUCAGUGUGUAAUCUUAUUAGAGAGAAUCAGGGACAUUUAUGAGGGAAAUUAAACUAAAACUGAUAUAAAUAUCUAUCAACUUUGCAGCAUUUACCACAAUUGUGUCUGUUGCGUAAGGUAAAAGUAACACAAUAACUUUUAUGCUUGAGUAAAAAUAUCUUUUAACUUGCUAUGAUAUAAUUAUAACUAUGUCCUUGUACAAUAUGUCCACGUUCGUGCAUGUCUUACGUGUUACUACCUUGAAGGCGUUUUCUUGAUUACACAUUUUUUUCUACAUGCAUGUGUUAUCUUAAUUGCAGUUUGUUGAGCUCCAUUUUGGGGACAAAUAAAGUUUAAAAGAUGAA